AUGGCGGAUCUUCCCGCUGCCGGCAAGAGCAAGUUCGACUUGAUCCAAAAGUGUUAUGAGGAGCGGGAUUAUCAGAGGAGCGUGACGCUGUUGGAUGAGUUGCUCGCGGAGUACCCGGCCUGUGUGGAAGGGCUUGCGAUGAAAGGGUUGGUAUGCCGCAACUUGCCUUCGCGACACCAUGAAGCGCUACCGGCGCUGAAACUGGCCAUUCGCCAUAAUGUCAAGUCGGGUGUUGCCUGGCACGCACUUGGUGGAUACCACCGCAUGGAAGGCAACUACGAACUCGCCCUCAAGUCCUACACACAGGCCGCGCUGCUCAGCCAGAAACCCGCGUACAUCCUCAAGGACGUCGCCCGCGCCCAACUCUAUCUCCGUAAACCGUUCCAAUUUCUUAAGACAUGCCAAGAAGUCUUCAUCAACAAUCGCAACAACAAAUUAGAUUGGAUGAUAGUACCUGUGGCGGCGGAUUUAUGUGAUCGUCCGAAGGAGGCUGCUCAGAUGUUAGGGUCGUGGUUCCGUUUGCCGCAGGAGGUGCAGGACAGUGCGACGCCCUUAUGGACGGCGGAGGUUAAGAUUUAUUUGGCAGAAUUGCACGAGAGAGCAGGCGAACUGGAGCUGGCGGAGCGGCUGCUGGACGCCGCACUGGAGCUGGAGUUGGACUUCAAAGACCGGCCGCAGGCCAAUGUGGUAUUGGGCCGAGUAGCGUUGAGACUCGGUCACUACGAAAUGGCGCGGAAAGCUUAUACUCAAUUAAUCAAGUACCUGCCAGCCAACAUUGACUACAUGCUCGGUUACACUCUCGCCCAUCAGGAGUACCACAAACUGCUCCCCCUCCCCGCUUACAACCAGGCAAGCGAUAAAGGGGACACGGCGACUGAAAAGGGGGCGAGCCAGCCGUGGUCGGAAGCCAUUCCCGUGAGACUAUAUCCGGAUAUACUUACCACGUGCGGAGUGCGCUCGUCGCUCUAUGUGACGGAACCCAUGGCGCAGUACCCGGGGUUUGAGGUCAAGGAGCUCUCCGACCGUGGGAUCUGGAGGAUCGCCUACAACCGCGGGGACCUGUGGAGACAGUUCUGGGUCGGUAAUGUAGGCCAUGGUUUGGCGGAGGAAUCUGUCGAAAACAAGUUCUCUGCUGAGUUCCUGGAACUUGCCUUAGCGCAUGGCAAUUCUGACGCCCUGAGGCUCUUCCCCAUAGCCUUUUUAUCUGCCGAGAAUCCUUUUGUCAAGGAGCAAGUGAACUAUGUGUUCGGCCGCUGGAUCGCGAAGGGCAGCGUGGCGUUGAUCGCGGAGUAUCAGAUUCUCUGCAACACUAAAGUUGCGGCGAGGCGGGCGUUGGUGCAAGCGUCGCUUGAGGAAGUCUGGGAGGAAUUUAGGGUCAAGUGCGAGGCCGACAAACAGCCGUCAGGCGUGGGCAAGGCGAUAUAUCUCUGUUCGAAGGCCAUGGUCAUUGCGCGUUUAGACCGCGACUGGGAACAGGGAUUUGCGCUGCUCGAAGAGGCGCUGGAGAUUUUGCCCACCCUGAUCGACUUGCACGAGGCCAAAGCCCAAUUGCUCCACGACCGGGGCCAGGACGAGGCCAGCGCGCAACUUUUUUGCGUAUGCGCCGACAUGGACAAGGCUGACAAACACGUGUGCUCGGCCGCGGUCGCCGCGCUUUGCCGCAUAAACGAUAUUCCGACGGCGGUCCGGUACCAUUCGGCAUUCAACGCGACCGCGGCUGGCAAGUCCACGACCUCCUUUGACACCCAGGACCAAGAGUUCGAGAUUGCGCUUUCACGUGCGCUCUGUGGCAUCGGGCUCUACGACGAGGCCGCCAAGCGGCUGAUCUGGCUCCUUAAAAGGUUGCAACAACACCAAGAGGAUGUCCAAGACUUCCACUACUACAGCCUCCGAAUGGGCAAUAUGGGCGCGUUCCCCGAUUACGCGCGCUACCUCACCCGCAUUUUCGGCCUGAAAGCGGCUCAAGGCGCUCUCAACCUCCUGUGCUGGAUCUGUUUCAGCGAACUAGAUGGAGAGCUCCGACCAACCAACGCUCUUGCGCCCGCUGCGAAAAUGAAAGACCAUGUGGACGACGACCAUGUGGACGACGACCAUGUGGACGACGACCAUGUGGACGACGACGGGUACAAGAGGGGGCAGGACGGGGCCAAGCAAGUGGACAUCGAAGCGCCGGUAGAGACGACGGCGGAUAACGAAAUCCCGCAGGUGGGCCGGUUGUUCCAUGCCUUCACCUAUGGUCGUGGUGGGCCGAAGGAAGUCGCCGGUUGCGUUGAGAACGCUAGACACGUUUUGGGCCUCAUAAAGGACGUCCCUUGUCUCAUAGCUAAGCCAAUAAACAUCUACGACAUCGGUCGUACUGCAUUGGCGAAGGACGUUCUUGAGCCGUUAUUGGCCUGUUUCCGUCACGACGUGCAGUACCAAAGCUUUGGGGUACUGAAACACACCUACAACCUGUACAGUCGGGACGAGUUCAGAAAUGACUGGUUAGUGGCCUGCGCCGUAAAGCAAACAAUGACGCUGGCACUGGACGACGCGUACCACCCCAAAGCCUUCCCGGUCAUGGCGCACUACUACUGCAGUAAUCGCGAGAGCCCCCACGAUCUCGUGAGAGAAGUGCUCAGCUCCUAUACUCUUGGUCAACUUGGCGUAGACCAACGGGGUGCGGAUGAACGAUACGUGGAAGACUGGCUAACUGUCGGGAUUAACAAACUCUCAUCCUCCUGGGAUAUCAAAGACAGGUACGGACUGGUUCAGGGCCUGGUCGCGUGUCUAUUGUCCGAGAAGAGAGGUCAGGGCAAGUGCGCGGUUAAGACUGAAUUACUGGACCAGGUUCUAAAUAAAAUUCUCAAUGAUAAGACACAGAUCCAAAAGCACUCGGGGCUGCUAGCCUAUGGUGAGACAAUCAGAAAAAUCGCUCUAGUGGUUGAACCUUGCAAAGGUCCUACCUAUCAACUUUUGCACGAUUUUUUCAGUGAAUAA